AUGCUGCACUUUGGCAACGACUCUUCGGUAAGCUCCUACUCCUCUGCCUCUGUGUCGAUAUCACCCCCCUCAAGCACUAGGAAAACCACCACAACCCUCGCCCAAACGAAACCCACACACGGCGGCGCAAACUCUUCCCCUCAGCUGGCCAUUUCUAAACCUUCCUCAGCUCACACGAAACUCCCUACCAGAGCCUCCAAAACCACCGUUACCCCUCCGGCCAAGAUCCCUCAAUCUAAACCUAAAACCCCUCAACAAAAACCCAAAUCUGCCCCCAACCAAAGGGCCAAAACACAGGAAAAACCUAGGACGCGUCCGUCAUCUACGGUCGCAUCCAAACCCUACACCAAGUCUGUACCACAACCAAUUAUCCCUAACAUCACUAUGGUGGGUGCAACGCACGACCCACUCCCAGCCUAUGCCCACAACGCACCAUCACCAGCAGUGCGUCCACCACCUCCACUUUCUAUCGAACCCUUAGCCACCAUCUACCCCGUGGAAUCGGAUGCGUUGAGCCAACCAUCUCCUUCGCCCAUCCUCAUAUCUUCCCCUGAGACGCCUCACACCCCAAUGGGCACCCCUUCAUUCACUCCACCCAUACCACCUUCUGACAGUCCUGCGUCAGAGCACAAUCUUGAAGAGUUGGCAGAGCUGGCUCGACUCGACGAGCAAGUGGUCUUUCGUGCAAUUUUGGCAUCCCUCAAUCAAGGCCAAGAGGAAGAAUAA